AUGGCCGCUCGAAGAUCUACCCGCUUGAGUGCCAGCGGCGAGGGCAAUGUCACAAAGGUCGAGGCAGCAGAGAUGCCACCCCCUCCUACAACUAAAUCCCGGAAGAGAAAGGCUUCACAGUCAGCUCCGGCAGAGGAGGUCAAACCAGCUCCGACAACUCCACGAAAGCGGCUGCUCAAGAGCACGGCCCCUCCGCCUCCGGCGACUCCUACCUCGAGCGCUGUCGGCCUCAUUGCCGAGCCAGUGGUCAAUGGAACCGCCACUACACCAAAGCCCAAGAGCCGUGCGGUAAACAGGCUUGCGGAUCCAAAAGCCACGAACGCACCUCUACUAUCACCGCAGACAUCACGUGUUGUCACAUCUCAGGCCGUUGACGCCAUAUCACCGUCCAAAGUUGGCUCGAUCAAGACUACUACAGCUAACAUCCUCGAGGAGGCGUGCAAGCACCUCAUCAAGGUCGACGCGCGGAUGAAGCCCCUGGUCGACGCUCACCACUGCCGCAUCUUCAGCUCGGAAGGUCUGGCCGAGAAGAUCGACCCCUUCGAGUCCCUCGCCAGCGGCAUCAUCUCCCAGCAGGUCUCAGGCGCCGCGGCCAGGGCGAUCAAGGGCCGCUUCGUGGACCUGUUCGACACAUCUGCGUCGUCCAGGGGCUUCCCACAGCCGUCCCAGGUCGCGGCCACGUCCAUCGAGAAGCUGCGGACGGCGGGCCUGUCGCAGCGCAAGGCCGAGUACGUCCAGGGCCUGGCGGAGAAGUUCGCGUCCGGCGAGCUCACGGCACAGAUGCUUCACGACGCGCCGUACGAGGAGGUGCUCGAGAAGCUGAUUGCCGUGCGCGGUCUGGGCCGCUGGAGCGUCGAGAUGUUCGCUUGCUUCGGCCUAAAACGCAUGGAUGUCUUCAGCCUGGGCGAUCUGGGCGUUCAACGUGGCAUGGCGGCGUUCGUGGGGAGGGAUGUCGCCAAGUUGAAGAGUAAGGGCGGCAAGAACAAGUACAUGAGCGAGCAGGAGAUGGCAGAGAUCUCGGAGCGGUUCGCCCCGUAUCGUAGCCUCUUCAUGUGGUACAUGUGGCGAGUCGAGGAGACUGAUGUCAGCACCAUGGAGGAAUAA